AUGUCUCUUUGCUACACUUCUUACGUUUGCAACCCUAAUCAUUCAAAGCUAUUGUGGGAUAAGUUUAAGGUCUAUAUGAUCGAUGACUACGUACAUCAAAAUAUACCUACAAACAUUGUUGAAAUGCAAGUUUUAAAAGACAUUAGUUAUAUUUUGGAAUCAUUGGGUAAAACCAUAAAUGAUUAUGCAAUGGUGUCAUUCAAUGUAAAUAUAGAUGAAAUUGAAAGGUCGAGAAGUAUGGUUCAAGAGGAGACAACAAAUUUUGAUACUCAAGGACUUACUUGUGUAUGGUCACAAAAUUUAAUUGCUUUGGCAACAGCAUCAUCUGGAGUAUCUGUAUCUCUUUUACCUGGAGGUCCAACUGCUCAUUCAAGAUUUAAGAUACCUUUGGAAACAGUCGGUGAAAUAUGUUGUUCUGUUAGCAAACAAUCGGCAUUAGGAACUUUGUUGAAAAUGUCUAGGUUAAUUAUUUGGGAUGAAGCACCGAUGGUCAAUCGUUCUGCUGUAGAAGCUGUAGAUAAAAUACUAAGAGAUAUUACCGACUGCAAUUUACUCUUCGGUGGGAAAGUUGUAGUUCUAGGAGGAGAUUUUUGUCAAAUUCUCCCAGUUGUACGGAAAGGGAAAAAGCAUGAUAUAAUGAAAGCUAGCUUAAUUUUUUCAGACUUGUGA